AUGGCAGAUUGGGUCACCGGGUCCAAAAGACACGGUCCCCAUGACGGACACGAUGAACAAGAAGUCACCGAUGAUGCGGCCAAACGGCCCUGUCUUGCGGGUAACAAUCAGUUGACUGAAGCAGAGCUAGCCAUGUUUGACUUUGACAGAGCCAGUGGGCCAAACGAAGGCUUUGACGCGUGUUUAAGCAUGGACUGCUUGAUGAAUGUAUUUCAAAAUCCAGACGAUGCAACUCAAACCAUCUCAUACACCGGGACAGAGCCGUUCCUUGCCGACAUCGAGUACGGCAAAGCUUCACUGGAGAAGGCUCCUCAGCAAACACCGAUGGAGGAACAUAACGAUAUUGAGGAUACUAGACCAAACGUCUCAAAUGAGGAACUUCCUCCACCACAUGACACAUGUUUUGGCGUGAUCACAGUAAGCGCCAUCUCCGAAUACAAUGGAAACAAAAAGUCUCUAGAAUCGCCUGUUUCAGUCGAACACAGUAAAGCUAUUCUCAGACUCCAAUUAAAGAGCUCUGGGGAGUAUGCUGGAUUUGUGAAGAGCGAAAUACUGGCUCAGCUCCUUCAGAGAAAAUCAAUCAGCGUCGACGGCAAAAUAAGAGCACCAUCGGAGCACGGCACGUGUUCCAAAUAUUCCGGAAAACGCGAACUGAGACUAGUUGUGUACGGAUACAAGUCAGAGGCUGACGCUAUAGGAAACGCCUUGGGCGAUUCGUCGUUUUGUCUCCAGCACCCAAGCGCUAAAGAUUUGGAACCAAGCAUGGAUUAUCAUAAUCCGCACCUCCUUUUGCGCCCAGGGUCAAAAAUGCCGAGUCUCGAGCUUCUCAGCAUAGAAUCUAAUACUGAGGGAGCUAAACUGGAUACAAUGGACGAAUAUAGCAAGGCUCAUGUCAUGAGACUCUUCGAUCAAGCUACUCAUUCUUUCACGAAGUUUGAAUUCCCAACUAGUCCCCGACUCAAAAGUAUUUUGAAUAGGUAA